AUGAAGUUUCUCUUAUUGUGUCUGGGAUACACGAUAUCUCUCCUCAUUUUUCAAGCCGGGUUUUUGCUCAAACGUAAAGAAAUACACAUUCGUUCAACUUGCCGAGAUGCGCCGACCGGAAGCAACAACUGCUGGAUGAAGCCACAAUACAACAAGGUGAUCCUUAUGAUCGUUGAUGCUCUUCGUCACGACUUUAUUUUGCCGCAAAGCGACACAAACAUCGCACCUUAUCUAAACCAGAUGAAAUUUGCCGCCUCAUUAGCGAACUCGUCGAUUCUUUCAUCGAUCAUUGCCGAUCCACCCACAACCACUCUGCAAAGAUUAAAAGGAAUCACGACUGGAACUCUUCCCACUUUCAUUGAUGUCUCUGAUAAUUUCUCCCCGAAUGCCAAUAUCAACGAGGACAACAUUAUCGAUCAACUGAUUUCAAAGGGUCUAAAUGCAACGCUGAUUGGUGAUGAUACUUGGGUGUCACUAUAUCCAGAUCGUUUCCAUCGUUCUUACCCGAUGUCAUCGUUUGAUGUUCACGAUCUACACGGAGUCGACGAUGGUAUUUUGAAAGUGCUACCAGAAGAGCUUGCAAGAACGGACACACAAUUUUUGAUUCUUCACUUUCUUGGCGUUGAUCAUUGUGGGCAUCGUUAUGGACCUGAUCACCCGGAAAUGGCAAAGAAGCUCCGUCAAAUGGACACUACGAUCGAGUACAUUGUAAAACGAAUGCGACAGGAUGAAUUGUUGGUGGUGAUGGGCGAUCACGGAAUGACAACAACGGGAGAUCACGGGGGCGAGGCUUUUGCCGAAAUCACCGCCGGAUUAUUGAUUCACUCACCGUCGACAGCCUUUCAAACUCCAACUCUUCCACCCCGUCAAAUCGAUCUUCUUCCAUCACUCUCACUUCUCCUCGGCCUCCCGAUUCCAUUCUCAAAUCUCGGCAAUGUAAUUCCUGAGCUUUUCCCCGUGGAGCUUCAAAGGAAACUUGCUGUACAACUAAAUUACGAACAAGUUAUCAGAUUUGCUCGAACUUACUCCUCAUCAAACGCUCUUUCGUUGAGUGAGUUCUCACUUUUCGAUGACAGGGAUCUAGAUGAGAAUGAUCAAUUGAAGACACUUCAAAGAAUUCAACAAGCUCUGCGUGCUGCUUGGACUCAAUUUGACACAACGAUCAUCAUCGUCGGACUCGUUUCAAUAGCGGAGUGCAUUCUCUACAACUUGAGUGAUGAGCCGAGUUCUUUUACCCAAUGGAUUGUACGCAGCGGGCUGCUUUUGCUACAAUUUAGCGCUUUUUUUGGAGGUAGCGAAAACCCAUCGGUACCACUGUUGCUGGGCACUCUUGUGAUUCUAUCAAUCUUUCAUCUGUUACGAAUUAUCAAACUUGCCACCCUUAUUAGGAGUCGUUCAAAAAUGAUGACAAAUCUGCUGUUCACGAUUCUGCCGUGCCUAUGCUUUUUCUCAAAUUCGUUCAUCGUGCGCGAAACUGAUGUCCUCCGAUUUUUCCUUCAAACACUCGUUAUUCUAUCGCUUGCCAUAAAAACUAGCAGUUGGAAGAAAAAGCUUGGUGGUGGCAAGAUGAACGUCAAAAUUCUACGUCAGCUCGUUUUCUCUGACGAGGCAUUGAUUCCAAUUUUAAUGAUUGCACUUCUACGACUUGCACCAUUUUUUCAUCGCUGCCGAGAAGAGGAAAUAAACUGUGUUCAAUACUUUCCAACGAUCCUUUCAGCUUCACUUCCAGGAGACAUUCGUGUCAUGCGUCUACUGUUAAGCAUUUUCUCUUCAUCAACCCUCUCCUAUCUGAUCGGACAACGAGCACACUGGUUAUUGGGAAACUUUUUUGGCGAUACAAUAUCGACAAAGAAAAUA